AUGAAUGACGACCUGAAGUUGUUAUUCUUGAGAGACAAUCAAGAUGUUAUAUGUUUAUUGGAACAAAACAUAAACAAUUUAAUUGUCGAUAAAUCUAUAUUCACUAGUAUCAAUUUAAAUCGGAAUGAUAGAUUUGAAACGUUUCUCUCCACUGGCAAAUCAAUUUUAGAAUUAAAAAUAAAGAAAAAAGCAUAUGGUAUACCAUUGAAAGAAUUUGACAAAUUAAUCUUAAAAGUAUGUUCAAAAGAUACUUUGGAACUGUUUUACGACUGGUUGAAAAUCAGUAAGAAGUUGGUCCAGGACGAUGAUGAUGACGAUCGUCUACAAUUGUAUUACGAUGCCCACCGAGACCAAUUCUUGCAACAUCCACCAGAAGAAGAUCAAGAAGAAGAUGAUGAUUAUCCUCCGGAUGCUCAUUAUAUUCCUGCUCCUGUAAAUGAAUGUGGUAUUUUCCUGGCUAUGGUCAACGAUAUCAGUGACUCGAAAUCGGAUACUGCCAAGCGCACGCUGGAGAUGCUAAACUUGCUACUGAUAGUCUACGUUUGCUUCAUUGAGCAACACCACCAAGACCAAUCUACUAUUACCUUCCACGACCUCCACUAUAGGUACAACAAUAUUCUUUCCGAGUUUCGCCAACAAGAGAAAGAUCGUAUUAACCUUUUAGCAAAUGCUGCUAAUGCUGCCGCUGCUGCUGGAAACCAAUAUCAACACCGACAAUAUCAACAUAUUGCCCGUGUUGAUAACCAUCCAAACCAAAACAACAACCAACCAAUGGAACAGAGACAAAGAGCCACAAUUAUUGCCACUAUCUCAUACCAACUCCGGUUCGGUCCAACGUCGAUCGACAACCUGCAGUCAUUAUUAUUACAACCAUUGGGCAUUACAAACCAACAAAAAGAUCACCAUUCCUACUAUCGGUAUGACGAAGUAAGACCCGCAAUGUCAUAG